AUGGAGUUAAAGACUAGCCUUUGUGAAUACGAAAAAGCUUUCGGUCAAAUGAUCAGUUUAACUAAAUCCUCUGUUAUGUUUACUCCUAUUGUUGAUAUGGAUUGUAGAACUGGUUUGUGUAACGUUUUGGGUGUUGAGGAGGUGGAUAAUCAUGGAACUUAUCUUGGUAUGCCAUCUGUUAUUGAUAGAGAGAAAAUACAAGUUUUUCAAUAUGUUGUUGAGAAAGUUUCUAAAUGUUUGAAACGAUGGAAAUCUAAAUUGCUUUCGACAGCAGAUACAUGUAGAGAACUUGAGAUAACAAUGAAUCGAUUUUUUUGGAAAUUUGGUAAUAGAACCGGUUCGGGUUUGAGAUGGAUGCAGUGGGCAAGAAUAGCUAUUCCAAAAAUUCAUGGAGGUCUUGGAUACCACUUUCACGUAUUGCAAGAAGGGAUUAGUGGUAUUGGAAAUCUAAUCGAAAUGGAUAGUAUUCAGUCAAUGAGGGAUACAAGCUAG